UAUACAUGUACAAUUGGAGGAUAGGCAGAUCAUCGAACAAGAAAAAUAAAAAGAUACAUGGUAAAAAUAGCCUGGGUCAGGGUACAGUUCCCACUGGAUUAUGUAACAACGAUGAAGAGCUUUUCCGAGAUAGAUCCUGCAAGCAACACCACUGUGAGUGAAACCCCAGCUCCAUCAACAGAAUUUAGAGCUGACCCAUCGGAACCUCAAAACUCUCCCAGCAUCGAAGUGGUUUCCGUGACAGAGGAAGACCUACCUACAGUUGAAACGCCAAACACAAUAAAUGUCAGCCCCCUGGGUAGCUUAGAUAACUCACUUUCUGACCACUUCAGAAAUCCCAUAGACUCCCAAACGGCAUCAAGUCCUACCAUGCCAGUUACCAAGGUUCAGCCAUUUAUGCAUGAGGAUGAUUUGGUGAAAGGCUGGAAGAAAACACUACUGGCCCAUCGCAAGGGAUUGAUAAUUGCCACGUGUAUCAUAGUGGUUUUUGCUCUUGCUCUUGGUAUUGGCCUUGGAGUGGGUCUAAGCUGUAUUGGUAGGUUUCGCUGUGGCUUUUCCUCCCAGUGCAUCAGAAGCUCAGCACAAUGUGACGGGGAGGUGCAAUGUGACAAUGGAGAGGACGAGCUUGGCUGUGUGCGUCUUAGUGGGCGGAGUUCAGUCCUGCAGGUCCAGAAAGCAGGUGUUUGGAAGACAGUCUGCUCAGAGGAUUGGAAUAACUGGCUGGGGCUCUCUGCCUGCAAGCAAUUGGGAUAUACAAGUUAUAUCGAGUCAUUCUUCAUCUCCCUGACCUCCAUUGAGCAGGACCUACAGUACAAUCUGAUGUCCAUCAAUCUGAGCAAAACACAAGUCGUUAAGCUUCAAAACACAACAACCUUCAGUAAAACCCAGUGCAGUUCAGGAAAAGUGACAACGCUAAAAUGUCUGGAGUGUGGCUCCAGGCCCAAAUACUCGACUCGCAUAGUUGGUGGGAACAUCUCCAGGCCAGGUCAGUUUCCCUGGCUGGUUAGCCUUCAGCAGUGGAUCAGCAAUGAACACCUCUGUGGUGGUUCUAUCAUAACGUCACGUUGGAUUCUCACAGCAGCACACUGUGUGUAUGGAUUUGCAGACCCUUCCUUGUGGGUUGUCCAUGUGGGAGAGGUAGAACAACCAGUCCAUGGUGCCGAGUCACUUGCAGUGGAGCAGAUCAUAUACCAUGCUCGCUAUCACCCCAAAGGAUUGGAUUAUGAUAUUGCACUCAUGAAACUGACCAAACCCCUUGUAUUCAAUGGAUUUGUGGAGCCCAUCUGCUUGCCUAAUUAUGGGGAAGAAUUUGACGAGGGCACUAUGUGCUGGAUCUCUGGAUGGGGAGCAACUGAGGAAAAAGGAGAGACCAGUGUGGUUUCACGUUCCGCCAUGGUGCCCAUACUCUCCACAAAGACCUGUAAUCAGCCACAGGUUUACCAGGGCUUUAUCUCACCCUGGAUGAUUUGUGCAGGAUACUUGGAAGGAGGAACCGAUUCUUGUCAGGGGGACAGUGGAGGUCCUCUUGCCUGUGAGGACUCAUCUAAAUGGAAGUUGGUUGGGGCAACGAGCUGGGGGAUUGGCUGCGCUGUAAAAAACAAGCCAGGGGUGUACACCAGGAUCACACAGUCACUUAACUGGAUCCGGCAACAAAUGGAGAGGGAAGACGCUAUUAAUUCAUCAAGUAUAAACUGAAUCACAAGACCAGCGUUUUUAGGCCGCUGAUAAUGAAGAAAAUGUUUAAACUGACACUGCUUGCAAGCACAGCCAUUGUGUGACGAAUGUGACAUCAGCAUGCUCGUACAGAACAUAAAUGCUGAAACACUCGAAACAGUUUUAAAAUGUUAUAUUUACUGUACCUGUUCAAUCUGUCGCUGUCUUUUUCCUUUCUUCAUCUUUUCUCAGACCACACUAAAAUAGUACUGGCCAACAGCUAUUUCGUUUACAAUUGGGAAAUGUUAACCUUUAUUUUCAUUUAUCUGCACUAUAUAGCAUCAGAAAAAUUGAAUUCUGUUUUAUUCACUUUAUUACAUAAAAUUUUUUCCACUGGAAUGCACAUGAUAGAGGUUAUGUAAUCCCCUUUAACGUCCUUAUUUUCAUCAUUACCGUCCGUAUUGGGAGAAAAGCAGAAUCGUUAACGUUAUUGCAGAUGUUUAAAAAAAGAAAAACUAUACCUGCGUAGAAGGGAAAUGGAAAGACUGGGACGGAGAGCAACGGAAGACCACCGCAGGACAAAGUGGG